AUGGCAGAGACAGAGACAGUGACAGCGGACACGCUGCGCAGCCACUGGAAACCUCUUACUAUUAAAUCGGAGGCUUUUGACAAAUGCUACAAGCACUCGGUCAAUUAUCUUCUGAAGGAAAAUUACGAGAGGGUUUUAUACUGCUUUGAAUGCGAAAGAAUCGAAUUUCAUGAUGAAAAAGGAAAAGUGAUUUGGUCUACUGUUGGCUCGGGCAUGAUGGAUCCUUUUCCGGUUGAUGUGCAGGUCUUCAUAGUCCAUGGCAAGAUACGGCUAAGGGACAAGAUUUGA